UCCACAACUCACGGUGAUGAAUAAAAAAACUCAAAGGUAAAAAAGGGAUUAGUGUAGCGGUACAUAUUCACUCGUAUGUAGACUCUUUUCGCAAGUAGUGUCGUCAAGUAACAUAAAAAGUUUCCCAAGCAUUGUCAUUAAGAAAUAAAAAAAAACCGGCUUUGAUAUAAAUAAAAAAAAUAUCUCUUUGACAGCUAAAGCUGCUGCGUCAAAAGUUAAUUUCCCCGGAUAUGCUGCUCGGCUUAAUUACACCGCGCACUUUUAAAACGAGCUAAAAAUCUUGGUAUUAUAAGAAUCGAUAUAAGAGACCCUGGAGCUACGUGCCGGAGUUGUACUUCAGUCAUACAACAUACAUCAUAUAUUUUAUGAUGAUGGAAAACGCGAGUGUAGUUACUAUUGAAAUGUCAUUACAUAGAAUUGUUUUUCCAAGAUUUGCGAGCCUCAAAUGCACAGAUAAAAAUAACAAAUUAUCAUUCUUAUAAUAUAAAUAAUGAAAAUAAACAUCACAAAAAUGAGUACUCCGAUUGAGGAGAAGAUUGACCAGAAACUCAAGGUGAGGACGGGGAUGGUAGCAGUUAGUGAUGGGAAAAGUAAGCCGAUAUCUAUGAGAAUUUAUUUAUCUAUGGAAGUUUUGAAACUUCAAAGAGAAGACUUAGAGCAGGCAGUUAAUCACAAUAAACCGCCAUUAGAUUCAAAAGAACGUAUGAUACAAAUAACACGACAAAAAGUUGGUGGAUUAGGUUUAAGUAUAAAAGGUGGUGCUGAACAUAAAUUACCAGUAUUAAUAUCGAGAAUAUAUAAAAAUCAAGCCGCUGAACAGUGCGGACAAUUGUACGUCGGUGAUGCAAUUAUAAAAGUAAAUGGUGAAUAUAUAACGGCUUGUAAUCAUGAUGAUGCUGUAAAUAUUUUACGUAAUGCUGGUGAUAUUGUCGUACUUACUGUUAAACAUUAUCGUGCUGCAAAACCUUUUUUACAGAGAAAUGUAGACAAAGAAGAGAAAUUAGAUAAUGCAACAAAUGGUGAAGUAGAUGAAGAAUGGGAUUUACCUAAUAGACGAUCUAUCAGUCCCAAAAGUGGUCACAGUAGACAUGGCUCUAAUACUUCAGCUUGUUCCACAAAUUUGAAAAAGUGGAUCGACGUUAUUACAGUACCAUUGAUGAUGGCUUAUGUAACCCGCUAUAUAUUUGGUACGGAUAAAUUACGUCGUAAUGCAUUUGAAGUACGUGGAUUAAAUGGUGCACGUACUGGAAUCAUACAUUGUGACGAUAGUGCAAUAUUAAGUCAAUGGUUGAAAUAUAUAACAGACAAUAUUACUGGCUUAACAAACUUACAGAUGAAACUUUAUAAUCGUAAUUUUGGUGUUGGUGAACGUAUUGAAUAUAUGGGAUGGGUUAAUGAAGCCGUAAGCAAUAGUAAUCAGCCUUGGCAAAGCUAUAGGCCAAGAUUUUUAGCAUUAAAGGGUCCAGAUUUAUUACUUUUCGAAACACCACCAUGCAAUAUUGGAGACUGGUCUCGAUGUGCGCUAACAUUCAAAGUCUAUCAAACAAUGUUCCGAGUGAUGCGUGAAUCGGAAAAUGUUGAUGAAAGACAGCAUUGUUUUCUAGCACAAAGUCCCGGCAAAGCACCUCGAUACUUGAGUGUUGAAACGAGACAAGAAUUAUUGAGAGUUGAGGCUGCUUGGCAUACCGCUGUUUGUUCAGCUGUAACCCAUCUUAAAUGUAAAACAUUUUUAGUAACGUAUAACGGCAGAAGUGCUGGUUUAACAUUAGAUUGGGCUCAAGGAUUUUCAUUAUCUUAUGAAUGCAGCGGUGAAAUAAUAUGGAGAUUUAAAUUUUCACAAUUGCGCGGUUCUAGUGAUGACGGUAAAAGUAGACUCAAAUUGCAUUUUCAAGAGUUGGAUAGUAUUGCUAUUGAAACAAAGGAAUUAGAAUGUCCGCAAUUGCAAAAUUUACUAUUUUGCAUGCAUGCAUUCCUCACUGCAAAAGUUGCGGCAGUUGAUCCAACUUUUUUGACGUCAACAAUACCAUAAGCUAUAAUUUAAACAUAAUAAAUGCGGCGAUACAAUUACUUAAUAAGAUAUUGAAUUUUAAGCAUUUUAUAUUUAUUAAUUUAAUAAUCUCGUACUAGUCAUGUCCAAAAAAUUUUAAAUAAUA